CGGGAACGUCACAUGUCUUCCCCCGGCAACCUCACCGCUGACAGUAGAGAAUUUUCUGCAGACCUGUAGAUACACAACUCUCAAAGCAACGUGUAAUGGCUGAACAAAGUGUCGUGGAGAAAAUGAGCGAACUACAGGUGGACAAGGAGAAAAAGGGUGAAAGUGUUAAAGAUGGAGGGAAGAAGAAGGCAAAAGCUGCUGCUGGAGACACUGCGGGCAAGAGUGAGCUGUCACCACCACCUCAGUACAUCGAUGAGCGUAUGACUUUGUACACAAAGCUGAAAGCUGAGCACGAUGCCCUGGUCGCAGAGAGGGCCGCAAGUAAUAGUCGACCUAUCAAGGUGACCCUGCCCGAUGGAAAAGUGGUGGAGGCCGAGUCUUGGAAGACCACACCAUACCAGGUGGCCUGUGGAAUCAGUCAAGGCCUUGCUGACAACACAGUGAUUGCUAAAGUGAACAACGGAGUGUGGGACCUGGACAGACCCUUAGAAGAUGACUGUUCGCUUGCGUUGCUCAAGUUUGAUGAUGAGGAAGCCCAGGCUGUUUACUGGCAUUCCAGUGCUCACAUCUUAGGUGAAGCCAUGGAGAGGGUAUAUGGAGGCUGCCUCUGCUACGGUCCCCCUAUCGAGAGUGGCUUCUACUACGACAUGUUCCUUGAGAAUGAGGGUGUAUCGAGCAAUGACUUUCCAUGUCUAGAAACCUUGUGCAAAAAAAUAAUCAAGGAGAAGCAGCCAUUUGAGAGGCUGGAGAUAAAGAAGGAGACACUGUUGGAAAUGUUCAAGUACAACACGUUUAAGUGCCGCAUCCUGAAUGAAAAAGUCACCACACCGACUACCACAGUUUACAGGUGUGGUCCCUUAAUUGACUUGUGUCGGGGGCCCCAUGUGAGACACACUGGGAAAAUCAAGGCAAUGAAGAUCACCAAGAAUUCAUCCACAUACUGGGAGGGAAAGGCGGACAUGGAAACCCUCCAGAGGAUCUAUGGAAUCUCCUUCCCUGACCCCAAAAUGCUCAAAGAGUGGGAGAAGUUUCAGGAGGAAGCCAAGAACAGGGAUCAUCGCAAACUAGGACGGGAACAGGACCUGUACUUCUUUCAUGACCUGAGUCCAGGAAGUUGCUUCUUCCUGCCAAAGGGGGCCUUCAUCUACAACACACUUAUUGAGUUCAUCAGAAGUGAGUACAAGAAGAGGGGUUUCCAGGAGGUGGUGACGCCCAAUAUCUACAACAGCAAACUAUGGCAGACCUCAGGCCACUGGCAGCACUACAGCGAGAACAUGUUUUCCUUUGAGGUGGAGAAAGAGAUCUUCGCCCUCAAACCCAUGAACUGCCCUGGGCACUGUCUGAUGUUUGAUCACCGACCGCGCUCCUGGAGAGAGCUGCCCCUUCGCAUGGCCGACUUUGGCGUCCUGCACAGGAACGAGCUGUCAGGAGCUCUGACUGGCCUCACACGUGUACGCCGUUUCCAGCAGGAUGAUGCUCACAUCUUCUGCACCAUGGACCAGAUUGAGGAUGAGAUCAAGGGCUGCCUUGACUUCUUGCGCACUGUGUACGAAGUGUUUGGCUUCACUUUUAAGCUCAAUCUCUCCACAAGGCCGGAGAAGUUCCUGGGGGACCCGCAGUUUUGGGACGAAGCAGAGAAGCAACUGGAGAACAGCUUGAAUGAGUUUGGGGAGAAAUGGGUUCUCAACCCAGGUGACGGCGCUUUCUACGGACCAAAGAUCGACAUUGAGAUCAAGGAUGCCAUUGGCCGCUAUCAUCAAUGUGCCACAAUUCAGCUUGACUUCCAGCUCCCGAUCCGCUUUAAUCUCUCGUUUGUUAGCCAGGACGGUGAUGACAAGAAAAGGCCGGUGAUCAUCCACAGAGCCAUCCUGGGAUCAGUGGAAAGGAUGAUUGCUAUUCUGACUGAAAACUAUGGAGGCAAAUGGCCCCUGUGGCUCUCUCCCCGUCAGGUGAUGGUUGUACCUGUGGGGCCGACCUGUGACGACUACGCUGAGAAGGUCAAGCAGGAAUUCCACAACGGCGGCUUCAUGACUGACGUGGACCUCGACCACAGCUGCACUCUGAACAAAAAGAUCAGAAACGCUCAGUUGGCGCAGUACAACUUCAUCCUAGUGCUGGGAGAGAAGGAGAAGACCAGCAACACCGUCAACGUACGCACUCGGGAUAACAAAGUGCAUGGCGAGCGCAGCGUGGAGGACUGCAUUGAGCGGCUAAAGCAGCUCAAGACCUCCAAGAGUCGCAAUGCUGAAGAAGAAUUCUGAGCCUUUCCAAACCUGCAGCUUCUAUCUGGAACCUUCUUUGAAAUCACUUUUCUGAAUGAUAAAACUUAUUUCACAUUAUAGCCUCUUCACAUUUUUCUGCUUUCAUUUUAUUGUCUCUCUCUACUGUUCUGUAAUCCAAAGAAUAAGAUAUAACUGUCAAAUAUCCCGUCUGCUUAAACAACUUUAGAGAUCCUAAUGGGAUUAGGCCUCUGAACAACUUCACACAUGUACUGCUGAAUAAAUCUUUUUAGAAAGAGAAAAGAGACUUUCCACAUGUAAUGACCUAAAGGGAAAGGAUUUGUACCACUGUCUUAACCCACUUGUCAGGGAGUUGUACAUGGAUUUUGAAAAUUAAACAGUUUUAUUCUUGA